AUGGGGUACGAGAAAGGCUCAGACUUGAGGUGCUUCAGCAGGCAUGACAGGACGGACAGGCAUGACAGGAGGAGCAAGCAUGACAGGACGGACAUGCCACCACAGGCCGUGGUGACAAGGGGCGCAAGAGCUGCCGGGGCGCAACAGCUGCCGGGGCUGCACAGUAGGAUGACGGCCGACAGCGACAGCGACAGCGACAGCGACAGCGACGGCGAGGACAACGACUUGGGCUCUGGUGGUGUGGGCGAACAUGGUCAAGUGCGGCGCGAGUGA